CAAUGAAGUUCUCCUGCAAAGCUCCCGGAAUAGUUCAAGCUGUGUACGGGAUUAUCCUGGAGUUUCGUUGAUAGCAAAAGGGCACUCGUUAGGGUAUCUAACCGUUAAGUGCCGGGAUUGAUUACGCCGGGUGGAAUUUCUCGUGGGUUAGGUUUUGCAACCAUCGCCUCUUUCGGGAUCGGUAUCUCGAUAAAGAAUCGAAACCAGCAUGAUAGGGGAGCUGUGCCACCAGCGAACCGUAUUUAAACACUUCACUGACAACGGCAAACCAUCAGAGUUAUUGCGGUGUUGAAGAGGUGGUCCACAGUACACCAACGGAGCGUUGGAUAGCUAUCAAGUGUUUCAAUAGACCCAUCAAGUUUGGAAGAUGAAGAUCCUAUUGGCAGUGGCCUGUACCCUGCUGGUCACCCUGACCGGUGCAGCUGUUCUGGAGCCUGAUGCCGUUACGGUUAAACCGCGGGACAAUUCCCUAAAUGAAUUGGUCAUUCAGUUUCUGGAGAACUUCCGGCAAUCGAUGAAAUGUGGCAACCCGGAUCUUGGCAUUCCAGUGCUGGCUCCGUUCGAGCUGGAACACGCCGAGGUGGAUAUCAAGCAGCCGGGACUCGAAUUUAAGGGAGAGCUCAACAAAGUGGUUAUCGAUGGAUUGAACGAGUUCGAAAUCAAAAACAUCGACAUCAAGGUGCUAAAGUUGCAGCUGGACUUUGAACUUUACUUCGGUGCUAUUCGCACCAAGGGAAAGUAUAAGGCAAAGGGCAAGGUGCUCAGUCUAUUUCCCUUCAAUCGGUUUGGUUCGUUCCGUUUCGAUGCUAAAGGUCUUACGGUAAAGGGUAGCGCAAAGGUUCGCAUCAGUGGCGAUAAGCUGCAGCUACGCGAUCUGAUCAUUACCCCAACGCUCAAGUCGGUCCGGUCGGAUGUGAAAAACAUUUUCCUGAACCCGAUCACUAACUUCACGUUUAACCGCAUCGUCGAGGGCAUUGUGCCUGGACUGAUCAACAACAACCAGCAAGAGAUAACGCAGAUGAUUGAGCAGAAGCUGAAGCCGGCGAUCAAUGAAAUGUUGGGCGACAUUUCGCUGCAGGAUCUGAUCGAUAUGAUUUCUGGUGGCGAGGGUGGUUCGGGACCGGUGACUUGCUAGAGAUCACAAUAUCCAUGCUGCGACCAGUUGAGAACUAAAUCGUAUCGAUUAUUGUACGUGGGAACUGGUCAGAAUAUUCGUUCCAACUAAUUCAAUCUGUGCUGUGGUACAUCUUAGAGGGAAAAAUUCACUUGUAAUUAUUAAUGUACAUUUGCAAAUGUAAAACAAUUGUAAGUAAAUUGUAUAGAAUAGCGUUUUGUUUUUGAUAA